CUGGUUGCAGGUGCAGCGAGUCAGGUUAACAAACGGCAGUCCUGGUUUAUUCUACCUGAAGCAGUCUACUCUGGGAAUGUUUUCAAACAGUUUUUAAAGAGAUUGUUUGUUGAUCACAGAUGUUCCAGGGUUGAGUGAAGAACCAGUGAGAUGGCAUCUACUGUGGACUUGUUGUUCCGGUAGACAAAGGGUCUUGCAAUCACAAGAAAAAUGUCCAAGAAAAUCAUUUGCUCGAUCCGUUGGACUACACACUGAAUCUGAUGCCUUCCUCCUUGGGUGGCUGUAGCAGGUGGCAACGCAAUAUGCAACAAGUCCAGUUCCACUGUCAUCGAGCAACUUGCCAUUGGGACUGACCUGCAGCACUUGAUGUCCCUAAUACCCAGCAGUGUCUUGCAAUUGCAAAAACGACACCAAGGAUGAACAAUUACGCAUUUGUUUGGACCCAAAGGUGCCACUGCAAUGGAGUACAUUGCUUUCUUACCAGAAGACAGUGCUCAAUGACGUCUUCAGGGAGUGGUGUCUCAGAAAGGCAGCGUCCAUUAUUAAGGACCUCCAGCACCCAGGGCAUGCCCUUUUCUCACUGUUACCACCAGUUGUGAAAUUUGCCUUGAAAGUUUGUAAUCUACAGAAGGCUAAAUAUUCAUUUGGAAUUUGUUUUCACUGAAUGUUGCUGGACCUGGACUGUAAACCAAUAUAAUCCUGCAGUUGAAAUGAAUCUUCCGAAGCUGAGCCUUUGUAUUUGCUGUGGACAAUCACACCCGCCUCAAGAAAAUCAUUCGUAUAAUUAUCGAGAUGAAAUAGAUGAUGACCUCAUGUGUGACAUUUGCCUGCAGCCUUUGGUGGAGCCAAUGGAUACGCCAUGUGGCCAUACCUACUGCACUUUGUGCCUUACUAACUUCCUACUUGCCCAAGAUUUCUGUCCCAUGGAUCGCAAGCCCUUGUGUCUGAUGGUGUGCAAGAAGUCGAGCCUGUUGGUGCAUAAAUUGUUGGAUAAAGCAAUGGUUUUCUGCCCAUUUAAGGAACAUUGUACUGAAGUCUUGCAGCGCUGUGACCUCGAAAUUCAUCUACGUCGCAGGUGCCAAGGUGCAAUCCAAUGUGGACUCUUGAAAGAACAAGAGGAGUGUUUGCAGGAAUAUUCUUCAGCAGAUGAUACGGAUUUAGUUCCGAAGAUUCCUGUGGAAAGCAGUGACAUGACAGCACCUGAGUUUUCUCCAUCAACGUCUGCACCUGUAGCUGUGGCCUUGACAACAAAUGACGCAGGUCUGACGAAUCCAGCAUUUGAAACAGGCUCAGAGGACAGCCAUUCGGAGAGCAAUUGUAACAUCCACAACAAGAGCAGUAUAAAGAAAAACCGAAAUUUUGAUCGUGCUUCAGUGACAAGCAGAUCCUUUAAGAAACUGAAUCGUGCUUUCAGCUAUCUCCGCAAGAAUAGCAGUACGAAUUUAGUUGACUGUGAUCCGGGUGAAAGUGUGCAAACGUCUAAUCUUCCAGAUGAAGCACCUUCCAGGUUUCAUCACCUCAUUCCGGAUGGGGAAGUUACCAUUAUAAAGAUCGACCGCUCUGAUCCACAUGUAAACCUCGGCAUCAGCAUCGUGGGAGGCUGUGAAACUCCAAUAGAAAAUAUUGUCAUACAAGAUAUUUAUCGAGAGGGUGCCAUUGCUAAAGAUGGAAGACUUUUACCAGGGGACAUGAUUCUCGAGGUAAACGGUACUGACUUAAGCAAUGUGCCUCAUAACUAUGCACUGGCAGUAUUGAAACAGCCUUGUCGAACCAUGUUGCUGAGUGUGCUCCGAGAACAACUAUAUAAAUGCAGAAAAAACAUUGAAAGUAAUUGCUGCAGAGAUGACAGCUUCCACGUUAUUCUCCACAAGAGCGCUGAUCAACCCUUAGGAAUAAAAUUGGUCCGCAGACCUGAUGAAUCUGGAGUUUUUAUCUUCAGUUUACUUGAAGGUGGUCUUGCUGCCCAAGAUGGCCAACUGCAAGUAGACGACAGAGUACUUGCAAUCAACGGGCAUGAUCUUCGUCGGGGAUCUCCAGAAAUUGCAGCACAUUUCAUACAGAUAAGUGAAGAUCGGGUGCAUUUCAUUGUAUCAAGACGGACAAAGGAACGAACCCCGGAUAUCUUACAAGAAAACAACUGGAACAGCAGCACCCCACCUAGUCCUAAUCAAAGAAAUCUGCAUAACAGGAACUUCCUUCAUGCCUUCACAUGCCAUGAAAAGAUCAUCAAUGUUAGCAAAGAAGUGCACGAGUCCUUGGGAAUGACUAUAUCAGGAGGCCUACUAAGCAAAGGCUGGGAUCUCCCAAUCUAUGUUGCAAAUGUGCAUCCCAAUGGCUGCUUGGGGAAUGAUGGAAGAAUAAAAAAUGGUGACCUUCUAUUGGAUGUAAAUGGCAUUGACCUGAUUGGUAUGACACAAAGUGAAGCAGUGUCUAUUAUAAAGCACAGUGCUACCUCCUCUUCAGUUACUUUCAAAGCUUUGGAGUUAAGGGUAGCAGAAAAAGACAAUACUGAUGGCCAAAUUUCUCCUAACUCCAUUCAAAAUAUCGUGCCUGAAGAGGACUGGUCACCAUUAUGGAAUAUGUGGUUGGUAUUACCUCGGUAUCUUUAUUUGUGCAAAGAUAUAGAAUUGAAAAGAAAUACAUCUGGAAGUUUGGGAUUCAGCAUUGUAGGUGGAUAUGAAGAAAACCAUGGCAACCAGCCAUUUUUCAUAAAGUCCAUUGUUAAUGGAAUGCCAGCUCACAAUGAUGGCAGACUGAGGUGUGGAGAUGUAAUUUUGGCAGUCAAUGGCAGAAGCACCUCUGGAAUAAGCCAUUCCUGUAUGGUGAAAAUGCUCAAAGAAAUCAAAGGAAAGGUUACUCUUACUGUGGCAUCUUGGCCUGGCACCCGUCUCUAGAAUGGUGUUAUGAAUAUAGAAUAAAAUUAGUCAAAGCGAAUGAUUCAACAAAGGAACCAUAUAAUUUUAAAUGUUGUUACUCAAGUGGCAGUACAAUUAAUUCUGCUGCCUUUCUAAAACACCUCAAGUACCCAUGAAUCUCUACAAGUUAUACUUUCUGAAGUAAAAAUUAUUUUUUAAAAACUUAAAUGGGACAGGAUGGUUUGGAAUUAAAAAAAUAAAUUCAAAUGCAUUAAUGGAUAUCAGGAAAUGCAAUUUUAAGUUUGUUGGGCAGGAUUGAAGUUUUUACUAUUGCAUUUCAGAUUGCAAAGUAUCAAACUAUUUCAGGUUCGUUGGUAUAUGGUUUCUCUAUAACUGUUGUUUAUCAAAAUAAUUCCUUUAUUUUGGAAAAGAAUGCUCUUGUAAGAAUAAAUUACUAUGACAAUAAAUCUUACCUCCGUGAAAUAAUGGUCUUACAUUUAGCAGUCUGACUGAAAAAAAACCAUACUAUCUCGUCUAUAAAUGAUACAGCAUUUUUGCAUGGUCUACAUAAGCAGGAAACAUUGCGGCCUAACAAAUUUGGUGUAGUUUUAUGAAGCAUGUUCUGCUAUUUAAAGUUUGGAUAAAAUAUCAUCACUUGGCUUCCAUCACCUUAUUGGCUCAAUUCAUAUUCUAUAUUCAUGAAAAGUGGUGCUGCAAAAUAGAGUACAGUGGGGCUAGAUCACACUAGGUCCAGUCUAGCAGAAGCAAAAGGUUUGCCCGCAACCUGCCUUGAUAGUGCUCAGUGUUUCUAACUGUCUAUGAUCCAAAUCAGCUCAUUAAAAAACAAAUAAAAUUAAUAAAAUAAAUAAAUUCACUUGAAAUCACACUGAAUGUUUAAAGCAACAAAAAACAUGAACAUCAAUUAAAGUCAAGUAACAACAAACCAUGCAAUUUUCAGUGAAGAUCCUAAUGAGUGGGGAUUUUCUGGCUGCAGCAGCGGUGAGUGGUUUAAAACAGAAGGGCCACAAGUGAAGAGUGCUGCAAUUCGUUAGUUUGGCUCUAUGAAACUGCAGUCUUAUGUCCACAUAAUUCCUGCCCAUUCGUAACUUAUUCUCUCUG